AUGCGGUUGUUUACUUCUGGUGGAAGGGGUUGGCGUUGGCACAGCGGGAUUUCGAACAACAACGGCAUAUACGGUAGCGGCUUCACUAACGGCCACAAUAUAGGUGGGACCUACGUGGUGCUCGCACUUGUCGUGGGGCUGCUAGUUACCAUGGUGACGGGUGCACGCGACGGCAGUGGCGGGGAAGGCGGUGGAGAUAAUAGAGGCGGCGGUAACCGGAGACCGAGAGAUGCCAGGACGGAAAACGGUGCUGGCGUCGGCCUCAAAGAGCAGCAAAGUGUAACAUCUCCGGAACGAGGAGAAAGAGAGAUCGAACAGGUAGUGGAAGAUGAAGAACCUAACCGGACGAGCAAAGGAGGUGACGACGGUGAAGGGAUUGCAGGUGGUAGUAACGACAUCAUGUUGGACCUGAACAAGUUAGCCAGAAUAGUAUCCAUUAAAAAUAUAAUUUUUAUCUAUCUAUCUAUCUAUCUAUCUAUCUAUCUAUCUAUCUAUCUAUCUAUCUUGUCUCAAGAUGGUGUCGUGCCGUUCCGCGGUGACGCGCAUCACUCCACUUUGCUGAUCUCCACAAUGAACUCCGGUAUCUGCAUCAACGAAAUUCCACCGCUUUCUUUCUUUUUCAUUGCGGUUUUCACUCGUCUUUCUAUUAUCUCUCCCUCCUAUUCUUUGUCCCUCAUUCUUUUUUUGUAUCAUACAUCCUUUUAUUCUUUCUUUCUUUCUCUUUACUUGUCUUUUCCCUUUUUCCCACCUUUCUUUCUUUUUCUUUUCACCUGUUCUUCUGCAUCUUUCUUAACUGUCAUUCGUUCUCCUGUUCCUUUUAUCUUUUACUUUUCAUUAACUUUCUUUCCUUCUUUCUUUCUUUCUUUCUUUCUUUCUUUCUUUCUUUCUUUCUUUCUUUCACUCGUUCUCUUUUCCAAUAUUUUGUUUUCUGUAUUUCUUUUCUUUCUUUCACUUGUUUUGUUCUUUUUCUAUCUUUUUCUUGUUUCCUCUCUACCUUCUCUUUCUUUCUUUCUUUCUUUCUUUCUUUCUUUCUUUUGA